AUGUCCAUGUCGAUUUCCAGUUCGCCAAAUAAAAGACCGCCGGUGAGACCGCCGUCGGUGCUGAGUCUCAAUGGCAUGGGAAUGCCGUCGCCGAGCCAUAGUAGGCCUCAGACGCCGCGACUGUCGCGACGACCAGCGAGCUCACUGUCGCUGCGGUCACCGACUCCGUCGCUACGGCGGCCUGCUACUCCGUCUCAGUAUGGUCCAAUGUCGGGAUCCGGUUCGGCAGUUUCCCCGUCGAUGUCGUAUACAGGUAAUAUCAAGGUCAGUGUGAGGGUCAAACCGAAUGUCAUUUCGCAACAGCCAGAAUCGCAUACAGCAGCGGCCGUGGCAGCUUCAUCAUGGAUCGUGGACCCGGCGAACAGCUGUAUUUCGACUAAGGAAGUGGGUGAUUUCAAUUUCGAUCAUGUGUUUGAUGGAGCAGGACUGCCCAAUUCUCAUAUCUACCAGAACUCGGUCGAACCUCUGGUAGAACAGGUAAUGCAAGGGUUUCAUGGAACGGUAUUUGCGUAUGGAAUGACUGGUUCAGGUAAGACAUUUUCAAUGCAAGGAACUAGAAACGACCCGGGAAUUAUCCCGCUGGCAGCAGAAUCCAUUUUUAAUCAUAUCGAUAAUGACCCUUCACGAUCAUACAAAGUCACUCUAGGAUACUUAGAAAUCUAUAAUGAACAUCUCAACGACCUGCUGACGCCAGGUGAUAAGACUAAUCCUGGCGAGGAAACGAUAAAACUACGAGACGAUGUGCUCCGAGGAGUCAGAGCUAUGGGUUUAAAAGAAGUGGAUGUUCGCUCUUCGCAAGAAUUACUAGAUUAUAUUGCUCAGGGCGAUUCUAUUCGUCGUACUGAGGGAACUGAUUUCAACAGCCGGUCGUCUCGAUCACAUGCUGUGGUACAAAUAUCUAUUGAAUCAAUACCCAAUUCCGAUUCUACUGGUGUUAGAUCCCAUCAGUCGCAGCAUCAACAGCUUCAACGUCUACAAAGUACACUGUAUUUAUGUGAUUUAGCAGGCAGUGAACGAGCUGUUUCGCAGUCGGAACGUCGAAAAGAAGGUGCUUUCAUCAACAAAUCACUUCUCACUCUCGGUACGGUCAUUGCCAGACUGAGUUCUAAUAAUAAUGCCGGCCAUAUUCCAUACCGAGACUCCAAACUGACGAGAUUACUACAACCAGCAUUAUCCGGAAAGUCGCUAGUCAGCGUACUGUGUACUAUUCAAACCACUGCUUAUUCAUAUAUUGAGACUCUCAGUACUUUGAGAUUCGCAGCUCGAGCCAAGAAUAUCGUCGUUUCCGCCAAACGAAACGACGAUGCCGACCCCAGUGCCAAGACUGUCGAACGACUAUUACAACAAGUGGCUGCUCAGAAACUUGAAAUCGAACAGUUGCGUGCCAAUGGGUCGAGUGGUUCAUCCAGUUCUGCUACUUCUACAAAUGGAUCAGGUCUUGGAAUCGGAUACGCUUCAAGCAGCGGUUCAAGCAGCGGAUUGCCGUCUCCGACUCUGCCAUCCAUGGCACAUAUGUCUCAACUGGAAGCUGAAAACCGCAUUCUCCACGAACGAGUCGAACAUCUGUCGCGACUCUGUGAUGACAGUAGACUGGAAGAUAUUCUCGGAGUCACUGCCGACGAGUCUGAUCUCGACGGUGAUAGUAACAAACAUCUCCAGCAGAUUGAAGAAUACAAAUCUUACAUCGCCCAUCUCGAAAAGCAGCUGUACAAUCAAGAAAUCAACCGAUCUAUCAACGGUCGUGAAACGCCCUCUGAAUCAGGCCAAUCCCACCUGUCUUCAGGAUCCCACUACAACGACAUCAUCCGCGACCUGAAAGAAGAAAUCGAAGAGCUUCGGGAAAGCAACCGAGACAAAGACCGAAUAAUCAACGCCCUCCGCGCCUCCAACAAACGCAAAGAGAACUUAGCGGCCUCGCUCUCGUCCACAGCAGCCAACUCUCUUGCCUACUCCCGCUACUACGGCUCCAACACCGUCUCCCCACCACCCAUCGCCGAAGACCGCGCCGACACCGCCAAAGAAAACAUCCCCUCCGACAUUGUCCCCACUUCUAAACUGUCGGAAAUCUCCCUAGAAACGAAUAGAUAA